GAUUCAGUGAGGCCGAGGCGCACUUGCUUCAUUGGCCAGGGUUGAUAACACUGAGAGGAGCUGUCAGACUGAAGACAUCACCGUGCCACUUUUAGCUCCUGUCUAUGAACGCAGCUCCCGACACGGCCUGUUUAUAGCUUCUGGCCCCGGGAUGGCGCGGCUGUGCCCGGGCUGAACACAUGAUGGCUGAGACGUGGGUUUCAGAGAUUAUGACGCAGGCCCUCGGGUGUUUGCAGGCCUUCAGCUCAGAGUUCGCACUGGAGUGGGAGAGCAGUGACAUGAAAGCUGCGAUAUUUAAACUGCUCCUGGGUUGGAUCGUGCUGAGUCUCACUGCUAUCCUGCUGGCUUGGAAGAGCUACGGACCCACAGUCAAUAGUAUCUACUACCGGCAGGGCAUGGGCGGACAAAAUGGAGGAACCCCGGAGUACCCGGCUCGUUUUCCCGUAUGGGAGAGUUCAAGCACUGAAUCCUUAAAAAGGCACCAAGAAUGAGCACGAUCUUAUCAGGACUCUAUCCCAUAAUGGAGACUUCUGUCCAUCUGAUCCGUAAUAUUGCAGGGCUCUGUGCCUGAAGCAGAAUGUUCUGAUCUAUAUUACCACUGGGUGAGGCAGCUGUACCAUCAGAAUACACACAGUGGGCUGGAUUAGUUCACAAACUGAGCAUGUGCAGGACAGUUACUACCUCCAAUGGAUGACUUCAUUAGGGUUCUGAUCACUAAAUAAUAAUAAUUAUGAGUGUUGGAUGAAAUGACUCAUUUUGUUGACAUCAGGGCUUAUUUCAUUCUCUGUCCACAAGUAUCAAAAUGAAUUGUUUUGUUACA